CUUACCCGGAAGGAAAGGCCCGAAGGCCGUUCAAGGGCCACCUCGUUUUCCGGAAACACGUAAACGGCUUGUUUUUCCUUGCAGAGUCGCCGAAAAGCUCAACGCGACUCGCGCAAUUGAUGAUCCUGUUCGCAGGACGCAACACAUUUACCCGAUCAAGCUUUCGUCGUUAUACUUGUGCUGCUCUGCUCGACCCAUCUCUGCAUCUUCUCCAACGUCUGCAGCUCGCUAUCGACCGUCAGUGUCUGAAACUCACCGAACAAUCCCAUGCUCGAGUUCUGUCUCAUGGGUUCGACCAAAAUGUUUUUAUUGCCACAAAACUUAUUUCUGCUUAUGCUACAUGCAACGACACAGGCGAUGCACGACUCGUUUUCUGCUCAAUUCGACAAAAAAAUGUGUACCUGUGGAAUUCAUUGAUCAGUGGGUAUGCGAAAAAUCGUGGGUAUGCAGAGGCUUUUAAUCUUUUUAAUCAAAUGUGCUGGGGUCAGGAAUUGCCUGAUGAUUUCACUCUUGCCACCAUGACAAAAAUAUCUGGUGAGCUUGUGGACGUCGUGGCUGGGAAAUCGAUUCACGGCAGGAGUAUACGAAUCGGGUUCGUUUCAGACGCUGUUGUUUCAAAUUCUAUAAUGUCUAUGUACUAUAAAUGUGGGGAAUUUAGCGAAUUGAGAAAGUUGUUCGAUGAAAUGCCUCAGAGAAAUUCGGGUUCUUGGAAUGCUAUAAUUGCGGGGUGUGCAAUGUCAGAGGAGUGUAUUGAUGACGGAUAUGUGUGGAAACUUGUUAAAGAUAUGCAAAUUGAAGGUAUGAAACCUGAUUCUUAUACGGUUUCUAGUCUUCUUCCCUUGUGUGAUGGCGAUACUGGGAAAUGGGAUUAUGGAAGGGAGCUUCAUUGCUGUAUUCUAAAGAAUGAAUUGGAUUUGGAUUCGGUUUCAAAUGUUCAUUUAGGAUGUUGUUUGAUAGAUAUGUAUUCGCGGAAUAAUAAGGUCAUUAUGGGAAGACGAGUUUUUGACCGGAUGAAAUUCAGGAAUAUAUUUGCUUGGACAGCAAUGAUCAACGGUUAUGUGCAGUGUGGAGCUUCAGAUGAAGCCCUGAUUCUUUUUCAAGAGAUGCAGAAGACAGAUGGAAUUGAGCCCAAUAGAGUAUCAGUUCUAAGUAUGCUCCCUGCUUGUAGUGCGUUUGGUGGGCUAAUGGGUGGAAGACAAAUACAUGGAUUUGCCAUUAGAAAGGAAUUUAAUCAUGAAGUAUCCUUAUGUAAUGCUCUAAUUGAUAUGUAUUCCAAGUGUGGGAGAUUAGAUUGUGCAAGACGAGUUUUUGAGGAUGGUUCUCUUUGUAAAGAUGUAAUUUCUUGGAGUUCAAUGAUUACUGGAUAUGGAUUACAUGGGAGUGGUCAUGAAGCCAUUUGCUUGUAUGAAAAGAUGCUUAGGCAUGGGAUUGGACCGGACAAGAUAACAAUAGUAGGGGUUCUUUCAGCUUGUGGUAGGUCUGGAAUGGUAAAUGAAGGUCUCAAUAUCUACUGCUCUGCAAUAAAUGAUUAUGGGAUUGAACCUACAUUGGAGAUUUGUGCUUGUGUAGUUGAUAUGUUAGGUCGAUCAGGACAGCUUGAACGAGCACUAGAUUUUAUCAAAACAAUGCCUGUAGAACCUGGUCCCACUGCUUGGGGGGCUCUUGUCAGUGCAUCUCUGAUUCAUGGGAAUUUCAAGAUGCAAGAUUUAGCUUACAGGUUCCUGGUUCAGUUAGAACCUGAUAAUCCCUCAAAUUAUGUUUCACUUUCAAACGUGUAUGCUUCCUCCAAGAGAUGGGAUGUUGUGGCCGAAGUAAGAGGACAGAUGAAAAAAAGAAGAUUGCGGAAGUUACCUGGCUGCAGUUGGGUUAGCAUCAAUAGCACAACUCACUGUUUCUAUGUUGCUGAUGACGCACAUCCAUGUUAUUCUUCAAUUUAUGAUAUGCUGCGCAACCUCAUAAUGACAAUGAAGGGAGCUGGUUAUUCGCCUGAUUUUGAAAAUUUGACAUAGACCUCCUGGUAUCAAUGGAUUGUGGGAAUAUUUUGUGGAACCUAAGGACAAUUGAUUUGGAUUGCGCUUGUAGUUAUGUGGUGCUCCAGAUAAAUUUUUGACAUCUGAUGGUCAGAGAUCAAUCACGCCUACCCUUGAGAGUGUGCUUCAAUUGCAUGAAGUGUCUUUAUUCAGGAAGGAUCCAGAAGCCGUACUUUUACAUGAUUAGUUGCUUUGGUUAGGGAUCUAUCUCAUCUAAGGAGACAUGAAUACUGUAGGGAAGGGUUUCCUUUUGCUCGUGAAGGUUAGAACUGAUGACGUCUCAUGAAACCUCCCCCUCCUUUCUCCCUAUCGUCAUUGGAGACCAUAGGCAUGACAAUUGGGGACCAUGAAAGAAAGAGAUUGCAAAAGAUCGUCAGUCCAUGGCUAAGAGUGAAUUUCUUUUCGUGCUCGCGCAUAACCCUAAGUGAAACCAAUGAGUUAGGUUGUUUUUGUCGUCAGUCAAUUGGUUUCGAGAGGGGACGUUGUUGGUUUUGGGGGGAUUAGGAAGAGGUUUUUGAAGCAUGAGGGUAGGAACUAUCAGGUAUUCGCUUUCUGUUCCUUCGGUGAAGAUGGGGAAGUUCUUGGAGGUAGGGUUGGGAUGGAAGGGGGAUUUUUGUUUUUUUUUUUUCUGUUCCUGUUGGGGCUGAAGGAGAGGAGUGGCAACGGUUUAUUUGGGAUGUGUUGGCUGAGGAAUCUCAAGCCAAGGCAAAUGAGUGUGGCAAAGGGGAGGUCGGCGAGGAGGUUCAGAGGAAUGCUCGUCAGGAGGGGGGCUCAAAGCCCUAAGGAUCUAAGCAGAAGGCUUCUAAUGGCGUGAAGAUAUCACUCACAGAAGGAAAAGGAGGUAAUGGUAGUGGGUUAGCUGGAGAUACUUCUUCUGCUGUUUUGUUGGUGAAAGGGCUUCCUAUUUAGGAGAAUAAGGGUUAUUGAGGAAGAACACAAAUCAAGGAGCAAACAUGAGACCCAAUUAAGUGAUAUUCUCGUUUGAGAAAAGUUAACGAAUCUCCUUAUUAUAGAAAGGAGCAUGAAAAUUAAUUUAAGAUUAAUUUUGCAUUUAUUCCAUUGUUCCCCAAUUACAAGUAUAAAUAGGGGUUGAAAAUUGUUGUAAAAAAAAUAUAAUUUUGAA